UUAGCCAUUGUGUGUGUAAAGUGAACGCGCGUGAAAAUAAAUUCAAGAUGAGCUUGGACGCCAAAAGUCAUGUCAUAACACUUUUUCUGAUUUCCAACUCUUUUAAUGGGUUUGGCUUUGGCCUCUUCCUAUUCGCCUUCGGCGUUGGAAGCGGAGUCAUCGUGGGCAUGACCGAAGGGUUUGCAUAUUGCAUAGCGAUUGGUGCCGCAAUUAUCGGUUUGUCUGUGGUCGGGUGCAGUGGAGCUAUUACACUGCACAAGAAAAAAGUGGACUUGUAUGCGUCGGGGAUGGUAAUGCUGACGGCGGCUGAGAUAGUGCACUUGGUCGUGUUGAGCAACGCACCCUUUCGGCGUGCCGAUGACAUCCUGUUGAGAGCAUAUUUCGUAACCAUGGUCUUCAUUAUCUCCAUAUCGAUAGUGUCAGUGAUGUUGGCGUGGACUAUGUCCUAUCGGCUCGGCCAUGCCCGCCCGAUACCCGCAUUCGCUGAGAAGAACGGUCAGCAAAAUUUGCAAGUGUAGACGAUCAUCCACAACGUCACUACGACCCACACUUAUUUUUUGAAAAAAAAAAAAGAAAAAGAU